CCCCCCCCGCCCCACGAAAAGCUCGGGACCCUUAUGGCUGCUUGAGAGAGCCCCCUCCCCAGUCCUCAACGCUAUUCCUCCCCCGUUCCCCUUCUUUGUUUCCCCCCCCACCCCUCCUUCCUUUUUUUAUUUUGCUCGUCAAGCGAUCACACGCGGCCGCGGGUCCGACUUGAGUUGAGCUGCGAAGAGCCGUGGUGCACUCAAGGCAGGCGGCCAUGGAUAGCCCCAUCCGAUGGAAAGUUAAACGGAGGUUAAGGGAGGCGCUGCUCUCCCUGCUUGUCCUCGGGCUGCUUUUGGUCACAUCGCCGGCCAGCGCAGCGGAACCGGCCAACCUCUUGAAGAUUUUAGAUUUUCCCAGUUUACCCGAAGGCGUCACGAAAACAACGGGCUUCUGCUCGAAUCGGCGGUCGGCGCAAGGACCCGAUGUGGCCUACCGAGUCUCCAAAGAGGCGCAGCUCAGCGCCCCCACCAAACAGCUGUACCCAGGCGAUGCGUUCCCCGAGGACUUUUCCAUCCUGGCCACCGUGAAGCCCAAAAAGGGCAGCCAGUCGUUCCUGAUGUCCGUGUACAACGAGCAGGGAAUCCAGCAACUGGGUCUGGAAAUGGGGCGCUCGCCCGUCUUCCUCUACGAGGACCACACGGGAAAGCCCGGCCCGGAGGACUACCCGCUCUUCCGGGGGAUCAACCUGGCCGACGGAAAGUGGCAUCGAGUGGCCAUCAGCGUGCACAAGCAGACCAUCACCCUCAUUCUGGACUGUAAAAAGAAGACCACCCAGAAGCUGCUGCGAUCGGCCCACCCCGUUAUCGACACCAAAGGAAUUAUCGUGUUCGGAACCAGAAUACUUGAUGAGGAAGUCUUUGAGGGAGACAUCCAGCAGCUAAUGAUUGUAGCAGACCACCGGGCCGCCUAUGACUACUGCGAGCACUACAGCCCCGACUGCGAGGUGGCCGUCCCCGACCAGCCGCAGAACCAGGACCCCAACACUGACGACUACAACACAGAGGAGGACAGCUAUUAUUACGAGUACCCCUACUACGAGGACAUGGAUGGAAAACCUCAGGAGUCAACUUCUGAUGCCGACGAGACAGCGAAGCAAGUCAAGGUGACGGACGGAGGCAGCUCGGCGUCCAAAGUGGAGGAAGUGGCGCGAAACGCCGGCGCGGCCGGAAAAGUAGUCACCUCUUCGUCUUCCGGCACGGGUUCGUCAUCCAGCAGCUCUUCGGCGAGCGCCGCGGACCUCGGCGCCUAUGACGGUUACGACAACUACGAGACCUACUACGACGAGUCGACGCCGGCGCCCGAGGACGACAGCUCCCGGCGCCUCACCAUCACGGGCACCGGCGGGCAACUGGACCUGUUAACGGAGGGAAAGACUGACCUGGGCGCGGGAAGUGCGGUGGAAACCAGGGUUGUCAGUGGCGGUGCCGGCGGUGGAUCCUCAAUCACCCUUAAUAAAACCACACUCGGAACUUCCUACGGCGACUACAGCGACUACGGCGAUGGGGAUUAUGGCGUGGACAGCCACGUGACCGCUGGCGGAGGCGGCGGCAGCCGUACAGUUCACAUCGGCGGUGGCGGUGGCAGCAGUGGCAGCACCAUCAACCUCGGCGGUGGCAGCAGCGCCGUGGACCUCGGCCUCGGCACCAUCGACCUCGGUGGCGGAAGUAGCAGCACCAUCAGGCUGGGCGGCGGAAGCAGCAGCAGCGGCAGCAGCAGCAGCGGCAGCAGCAGCAGCGGCGGCGGCGGAGCCGGGCUGGGCGGCGGAAGCGCCCAUAUCGACCUCGGUCUUGGAGGAGGGAGCAGCGCCGGCACCAUCACCCUGAGCGGGGGCGCAGGAGGCGGCGGCUCCACCGUCACCCGAGGGGGCGGCGGUUCCGUUUCGGUCGGAGGUGGUUCGGUGUCGGCCGGAGGCUCUUCCACGGUCGGCGGCGGGUCGGCCGGAGCCGGAGCCGGCGCUUCCAUCGCCACCGGAACCGGCCUGGGCAUUGAGGGAGAGGGGGACUACACAGACCUGGACACCUUCAAAGAGGAACACAUCAGUAACUACGACGAUUUGGAUCUGAAUAUAUACGAUGACAACUACGACGACCUGGAUUAUCCUGACAAAGGGUCCAAAGUGCUUCCCGCCGAGACCAACGAGUAUUACGGACAGGUCGAUGGCGUCCGCGGCGAGAAAGGACAGAAGGGCGAACCUGCUAUCAUCGAGCCCGGAAUGCUGGUGGAGGGUCCGCCUGGGCCUGAGGGGCCAGCGGGUCUUCCCGGCCCUCCGGGUGCCCCCGGCUCACCGGGCAUUGCUGGAGAUACCGGCGACAGGGGUCUUCCGGGUCGUCCUGGUCUUCCUGGUGCCGAUGGUCUACCGGGACCCCCAGGCACUGUCCUGAUGCUGCCUUUCCGAUUCAGCGCCGGAGGAGGGGACGCCGGGCAGAAGGGGCCUGCCAUGUCGGCUCAGGAAGCCCAGAUGCAGGCCAUCAUGCAACAGGCUCGGCUGGCCAUGCGCGGUUCCACCGGCCCCAUGGGUUUGACCGGAAGGCCCGGCCCGCUGGGUCCUCCUGGUAUUGCGGGACUGAAGGGAGAGUCCGGGGAGGCCGGUCCUCAGGGUCCGCGGGGACCGAUGGGAUCGUCCGGACCUUCCGGAAAGCCCGGCAGAAGGGGUCGCGCCGGAGCCGACGGGGCCAGGGGAAUGCCGGGCCAAUCUGGACCUAAGGGAGAUCGCGGCUUUGAUGGUCUGGCCGGACUUCCUGGCGAAAAAGGACACAGAGGUGAAGCGGGACCCCAAGGGCCGCCCGGUGCACCCGGCGAGGAUGGAGAGAGGGGAGAGGACGGAGACAUCGGACCAAGGGGACUUCCUGGGGAACCCGGACCCCGCGGCUUGCUGGGACCCAAAGGACCCCAGGGCCCUCCCGGACCGCCCGGUGUCGCCGGAGCGGACGGCCACCCUGGACCCAAAGGCAACAUCGGACCUCAAGGAGAACCGGGACCUCCGGGUCAGCAAGGCAACCCUGGUGCGCAGGGACUAGCUGGGCCUCAAGGUGCCAUCGGACCUCCCGGAGAGAAGGGUCCCACCGGUAAGCCCGGCCUGCCAGGAAUGCCAGGAGCCGACGGACCACCCGGUCACCCUGGAAAAGAAGGACCUCACGGAGAGAAGGGUCACUUGGGACCCGCCGGCCCUCAAGGACCCAUCGGUUAUCCGGGCCCGCGAGGCGUGAAGGGCGCAGACGGCGUCCGCGGCCUGAAGGGGACCAAAGGAGAGAAGGGCGAAGACGGCUUCCCGGGCUUCAAGGGAGAUAUGGGCGUCAAGGGCGACAGGGGCGAGCUCGGACCAGCGGGACCCAGGGGAGAAGACGGUCCCGAGGGGCCCAAGGGUCGCUCGGGUCUCACCGGAGACUCUGGUCCUCUCGGCCCAUCUGGCGAGAAGGGUAAACUCGGAGUGCCCGGCUUGCCCGGAUACCCGGGAAGACAAGGACCCAAGGGAUCUCAAGGUUUCCAAGGCUUCCCUGGCGCAAACGGAGAGAAAGGAACUCGGGGAACGGCGGGAAAGCCGGGACCGCGGGGCCAGCGAGGACCGACGGGCCCUCGAGGCGAGAGAGGCCCGAGAGGACCCACGGGAAAAGCUGGACCAAAAGGCAACUCGGGGACCGACGGACCACCGGGACCUCUCGGCGAGAGGGGUCUGCCCGGACCUCAGGGGCCAACGGGAUUCCCCGGACCAAAGGGCCCACCUGGGCCCGCCGGGAAAGACGGACUUCCCGGACACCCUGGACAGAGAGGAGAGACUGGAUUCCAAGGAAAGACCGGCCCUCCCGGGCCCCCGGGCGUGGUCGGACCUCAGGGACCAACGGGCGAGACCGGACCGAUGGGAGAUCGUGGCCACCCGGGACCCCCGGGCCCACCCGGUGAGCAGGGUCUUCCCGGAGCUGCCGGGAAAGAAGGCGCUAAGGGUGACCCGGGACCCUCUGGCCCCGCCGGUAAGGACGGCCCACCUGGCCCGCGAGGCUUCCCCGGAGAGCGCGGACUGCCCGGCCCCGUGGGGGCUCACGGUCUGAAAGGCAACGAGGGUCCUCACGGCCCACCCGGCCCAGCUGGAUCUCCCGGCGAACGCGGUCCCGCGGGCCCCGCCGGUCCCACCGGUCUGCCCGGACGCCCCGGGCCCCAAGGACCCCCAGGCCCCGCAGGAGAGAAAGGUGGCCCGGGAGAGAAAGGACCUCAAGGCCCAGCCGGAAGAGAUGGUAUUCAGGGACCUGUGGGUCUACCAGGACCCGGGGGACCCCCUGGACCACCCGGAGAGGACGGGGACAAGGGAGAACUUGGAGAACCCGGCCAGAAAGGAAGCAAAGGCGACAAAGGCGAACACGGUCCACCCGGCCCCACCGGACCCCAAGGACCCGUCGGAGCUCCCGGUCCCGCUGGAGCAGAUGGUGAGCCUGGUCCCCGAGGUCAGCAGGGUCUUUUUGGCCAGAAGGGAGAUGAAGGAUCCAGAGGCUUCCCCGGACCCCCGGGCCCAGUCGGGCUGCAGGGCUUGCCCGGUCCACCUGGCGAAAAAGGGGAAACGGGCGAUGUCGGUCAGAUGGGUCCACCCGGUCCACCUGGGCCAAGAGGCCCCUCCGGACCCCCCGGCGCCGACGGCCCUCAGGGACCUCCCGGCGGUAUCGGCAACCCCGGUGCUGUCGGCGAGAAAGGAGACGCUGGUGAGACUGGAGAGCCCGGUCUUCAGGGAGAUGGCGGUCCACCGGGACCCAGAGGAGAGCGAGGGGAGAAGGGAGAGUCCGGUCCGGCGGGUGCCGCCGGGCCACCAGGACCCAAGGGUCCCCCUGGAGAUGACGGUCCCAAAGGAAGCCCUGGUCCGAGCGGCUUCCCCGGGGACCCAGGUCCGCCCGGAGAGCCCGGUCCAGCUGGAUUAGACGGCCCACCCGGUGACAAGGGAGAUGACGGCGAGGCCGGUCAAGCUGGUUCCCCUGGUCCCACUGGAGAGUCCGGUCCCUCUGGGCCACCGGGAAAGCGAGGGCCACCCGGAGUUACGGGACCUGAGGGAAGACAAGGGGAGAAGGGAACCAAGGGAGAGCCCGGCCUGGAAGGUCCUCAAGGAAAGACCGGACCUGUAGGACCUCAAGGAUCGCCUGGCAAACCCGGUUCUGAAGGCCUGAGGGGAAUCCCUGGCCCCGUUGGGGAACAAGGUCUACCUGGUGCUCCUGGUCCAGAUGGACCACCCGGGCCAAUGGGUCCUCCGGGCUUACCCGGUUUGAAAGGAGACUCUGGUAUCAAAGGAGAGAAGGGCCACCCGGGUCUCAUCGGUCUUAUUGGACCUCCGGGCGAGCAGGGAGAAAAGGGCGACAGGGGUCUUCCCGGUCCGGCGGGAACCUCCGGCCCCAAAGGAGACAACGGUAUCGCCGGUCCUUCUGGUCCCCUCGGUCCGCUCGGCCCGCCCGGAUUACCCGGUCCUCCUGGUCCGAAAGGCGCUAAAGGCUCUUCUGGUCAAACCGGACCAAAGGGAGAGACGGGUUCACCGGGAAUCCCAGGACCUCCGGGCCCCCCGGGCGACGUCAUCCACCCGCUGCCCCUCCAGGCCUCCACCAAGGGCCGCUCGCGCAGAAACAUCGACGCCAGCCAGAUGAUGGACGACGAGGCGGCGGACGCCAACUACAAGGACUACGACGACGGCAUGGAGGAGAUCUUCGGCUCGCUCAACUCGCUCAAGCUGGAGAUCGAGCAGAUGAAGCACCCGCUGGGCACCCAGGCCAACCCGGCCCGCACCUGCAAAGACUUGCAGCUGUGCCACCCGGACUUCCCCGACGGCGAGUACUGGAUUGAUCCCAACCAAGGCUGCUCCCGGGACUCUUUCAAGGUUUACUGCAACUUCACAGCCGGCGGCGAGAGCUGCAUCUUCCCUGACAAGAAGUCCGAAGGGGCUAGACUCACCUCUUGGUUAAAGGAGAACCCCGGCUCCUGGUUCAGUGAAUUCAAACGCGGUAAACUGCUCUCCUACGUGGACGCCGAGGGCAACCCCAUCGGCGUGGUGCAGAUGACCUUCAUGCGCCUGCUGAGCGCCGCCGCCCGCCAGAAUCUGACGUACAGCUGCCACCAGUCGGUGGCCUGGCACGACCAGGACGGCGACAACUACGACAAGGCCAUUCGCUUCCUGGGCUCCAACGACGAGGAGAUGUCGUACGACAACAACCCCUACAUUCGCGCCGUGCUGGACGGCUGCGCGCUGAAAAAGGGCUACGACAGGACGGUGCUGGAGAUCAACACUCCCAAGGUGGAGCAAGUGCCGUUUGUGGACAUCAUGUUCAACGACUUUGGCGGGCCCGCGCAGAAGUUUGGCUUCGAAGUGGGCCCCGUCUGCUUUGCCGGCUAAAGAGUGAGCAAAUUUGAAAGAAAAACAAACAACACUUCUUUUUGUUUCCAGGACAAUUGCAUUUGUAAAAAUGUUUUGUUUUUGUUUGGGGUUUUGAAAUUUUUUUUCCACAAAGCAAAAUUCUGUAGGAUGAGAGGAAAUAACCUUGAAACCUCAGCGUGCCUUCUUCUCCAUCACAUGCGAGUUUUGAAACUGGAUGAUCACACGGGUGUCAUCUGCCGCCGCGGACUCCAUUUUGGCUCCUCCUUCCUGUCACGCUCAAUCUUCGCUUUAUUGUUGGGAGCUUUCUUUGUGCAUAAUUUGCCUUCCCCUUACCCCCCCUUUUUUUUAAUAUAUAUAAAUAUAUAAAUAAUUUUUAUGUUUGUAAGUACAUUCUGUAUAUUGAUGCUGGUGUUUGUUUUGUUGCUCUACUGGCUUCUAAACGUGCAUGUGACGCAAUCGACUGGGCGGAUGCGGCGAUGACAUCAUCAUCAUCAUCAUCAUCAACGACGAGGAAAUUGUAAAACAAAGACAGCAAAUGAGGGAGGAAAAAAAUUUGGGCUUCUCCUUUGUAUGAAUGUAAAUAAAAGGAAAGAACAAUAGAAGUUCAAAUGAUUUGCGACAAACAAACUUCACAGAAAUAAACAUCGGAUGACAUCACCUGAAAAUCGGAAGAACUUGGGUGCUAUUUUUCUCUUCUGUGGUGCUACACUUUUUUUCCCCCUCCUGGAUCUUUGCUGCAUCCUACGCAGUUUGUUGCCCUCCUCUCAACACAGCCGCCGCCUUGAAUUUCAGGAACAAAUCAGAGAUUGACAAGAAAGAAUCCAAAGAGUGUUUUUGUUGUUGAUGUUCUUGAUGAAAAACUAUGCCAAAAAAAAAAAGCUUUAAAGUCGACAUUUCGAAUGGGAAAGGUGCUUUUUCUUCUUCUGAAACAGGUUUUUAUUUGAAUAACUGUUCAACCUCUGCACUCCUUGACGCUUAUGACCACUAAUAUCUUUCUAGGGCCCUUUCCACAAGUUUUCUUUUCCCCCGUUGUUUCAUCAUGUUUGAAAAAUAAUAAAAAUGUAUUAACAAAUAUGUGACUUGAACAAUUUCUCCCUCUGCUUUACAAUUGAAAACCGGAUGCAUUUCCUGCUUGUCAGAAGCUGACAUUGUUCUCAUUUAUUUUGAACAGUUUUUUUUUUGGGGGGGGGGGGUCUGUUUGUUUGUCAAACCUGUGUAUGGACCAAAAAAAAAAAAAAAAAACUUUUUUUUUUUUUCUCCACCAUUUUUUUCCCUAAAUGUCAAUAAAUCAAAGUUGACUGUGGCCAUCCACUCCUUUGUAUGUCUUUUGAAGCAUUAAAACCCAUCUGUAUGCAUGAAA